CAAUAAAACCUGCUUCUUCUUCCCCAAGAAAAGAGCUUGUUUAUCCUCCAUCAAUGGCGGUUCACCCCGUCGUCUAAAUCAAAACCUAACCUGAAAUCCAUAUUGACCAUAAAGACUUGCCAUUUGCCAUAAUUCCUCAUGUUGAAGGUCCUCUCCUCCACAUGCCGGUUCCAGGCCGCUACAUCGUCUUUUGGGCCGCAACUCCGGCCUGGAUCGACCACCGAGUCCGCCUCUCCAAUUCUUCGGGUCCUGAACUCCCUCCGAGGAACAAAUAAGAGAAGCCCGUAUUUUUAUCGCCGAUUCUUCUGCUCCGACUCCUCUGAUGGGUCAAACCCGGGGGAAACUGGUUCCAAGGUCAAAGAGGUUGAUGGUUCUGGGAGUGAAGUGGCCGAAUCUAAGUCUUCAUCAGCUAUUGUCCCCACUGUAUUUAGACCUGAAGAUUAUCUAACGGUUAUAGCAUUACCCCUGCCACACAGACCAUUAUUUCCUGGAUUUUAUAUGCCUCUUUAUGUGAAGGACCCAAAGUUGUUAGAAGCUUUAGUAGAGAGUAGAAAACGGCAAGCCCCUUAUGCUGGUGCUUUCCUACUUAAAGAUGAGGCAGUAACUGAGGGUACAGAUGAGAAAAAUAUAUACAAUCUCAAAGGAAAAGAGUUAUUUAAUCGCCUCCAUGAAGUUGGUACGCUAGCUCAGAUUACAAGCAUCCAAGGAGAUCAGGUGGUUCUUAUUGGUCACCGACGACUUCGAAUAACUGAGAUGGUCAGUGAGGAUCCUCUCAUGGUCAAGGUCGAUCAUCUCAAGGAAAAGCCUUAUGAUAAGGAUGACGAUGUUCUUAAGGCAACGUCAUUUGAAGUUAUAUCAACUCUUAGAGAUGUUUUGAAAACUAGUUCACUUUGGCGGGAUCAUGUACAAACUUACACUCAGCAUAUAGGUGAUUUCAAUUAUCCAAGAUUAGCAGAUUUUGGAGCUGCAAUAUCAGGUGCAAACAAAUCACAGUGCCAGCAAGUGCUUGAAGAACUAGAUGUUCAUCAACGACUAAAACUUACUCUGGAGUUAGUGAAGAAAGAGAUGGAGAUUAGUAAGAUCCAGGAAUCAAUAGCAAAGGCAAUUGAAGAAAAGAUAAGUGGAGAGCAGCGACGAUACUUGUUGAAUGAGCAACUCAAGGCCAUAAAGAAGGAAUUGGGAUUAGAGACUGACGACAAAACCGCUCUUUCUGCAAAGUUCAGGGAAAGGCUUGACCCAAAGAAGGAGAAAAUCCCACCUCAUGUUUUGCAAGUCAUAGAAGAAGAACUGACAAAAUUGCAAUUACUGGAAGCUAGCUCAAGUGAAUUUAAUGUGACACGUAAUUAUCUUGAUUGGUUGACUGCAUUGCCUUGGGGUGAAUACAGUGAUGAGAAUUUUGAUGUAAUACGAGCACAAAAAAUUCUCGAUGAAGACCAUUAUGGAUUAACUGAUGUCAAGGAAAGGAUAUUGGAGUUUAUAGCUGUGGGGAAACUGAGAGGAACCUCACAAGGUUGGCAUUUUCUUUCUUUUUUAUUUUCUGGAAUAAGAUUGGCACUCUUGCUUGUAUGUUUUUCAGUUAAGUCGUAUACUUUUAUCAUAUCCCUCUGUUUUAUUGUGAGCAGAAAAUAUCUGUUUUAUUCUGAGCAGAAAAAGAUAUUCACUUCUAUGCUUAUCCAUGACAUUGAAUGUGUAUGCUUGUGUGAGCCUAUGCACACACUUGAUUGUGUACAAGAAUACUAUCUGGACCAUAGCAAAACUACUGAUGCAUCCACAUUUCCUGAAGCCUACAUGGCUAUUCUAUUGUCAGAGCCUAGAACCUUGUUUAUUUGCAAGUUCACUGCUAUAACUGUCCUUUUGUUCUGUAUUGUAUUCACAGUGGUGAAUGGCCUCAAUUCUUCAUUCUACCUGUUUAUUUUGCAUCUUUCUAAUAUAUUUGACAUUUGGCAGUUGGGAAGGGGACACACAGGUGAUCCAGCAAGCGCAAUGCUGGAACUCCUGGAUCCAGAACAGAAUGCGAACUUUCUGGAUCACUAUCUUGAUGUUCCAAUUGAUUUGUCAAAGGUCUUAUUUGUUUGUACUGCGAAUGUAGUGGAAAUGAUACCCAACCCUCUCUUGGAUAGAAUGGAAGUAAUUUCAAUUGCUGGUUAUAUUACUGAUGAGAAAAUGCACAUUGCGAAAGAUUAUUUGGAGAAAGCUACUCGUGAAGCUUGUGGUAUCAAGCCUGAACAGGUUGAGGUGACAGAUGCAGCCCUUCUUGCUUUGAUUGAAAAUUACUGCAGGGAAGCUGGGGUUCGGAAUCUUCAAAAACAAAUAGAGAAGAUAUACAGGAAGAUUGCUCUACAACUCGUGCGAGGAGAAGCACAUGUUAAACCUAUGAUUGCUGGGGUUCAGGUUCAACAUGAUGAGAUGAAGGCAGAAUCCGAUCGUGUGUCCAAUGAAACCAUGGUUGAAGGAGUUGGAGCUGAAUCAGUAACUACAGCAGAAGCUGAAAUAGUGGAGGUGGAUUCCCCAGCGGACCAAAAUCCAUCUAUUAAUCAACCCAGUACUUUGGAGGACUCUUCUGAAGCUGAAAAGACUCAGGAAAGUGAAGCAACCAACACAGAAAAAAAGGUCCUGGUCGAUGCAUCUAACCUUGUCGAUUUUGUUGGCAAACCUGUUUUCCAUGCCGAGCGCAUAUAUGAUCAAACACCAGUCGGAGUAGUAAUGGGUCUUGCUUGGACUGCAAUGGGUGGCUCUACGCUCUAUGUAGAGACCUCUAACAUUGAGCAAGGAGAAGGCAAGGGGGGCCUUAAUCUUACAGGACAACUUGGAGACGUAAUGAAGGAAAGCGCACAGAUUGCUCACACCGUUGCCCGGGCCAUAUUGCGCGAGAAGGAUCCAGACAACCCUUUCUUUACCAAUUCGAAGGUUCAUCUUCAUGUUCCUGCAGGUGCCACUCCAAAGGAUGGUCCAAGUGCUGGUUGCACUAUGAUAACGUCCUUGCUGUCUCUUGCCAUGAAUAAGCCUGUUCGGAAGGACCUUGCAAUGACUGGUGAAGUCACACUAACUAGAAAAAUUCUUCCCAUUGGCGGGGUUAAGGAAAAGACUAUCGCUGCAAGGCGGAGUGAUGUGAAGACCAUCAUCUUCCCUUCAGCUAACCGGAGAGAUUUUGAUGAGCUAGCACCGAAUGUGAAGGAAGGCCUCGAGGUACAUUUUGUAGAUGAUUAUAGUCAAAUAUUUGAUUUGUCUUUUGACCAUAGCCAGGACACGGGAUAAGUACAUUAUUGCUGAGUUAUGCAUCUGGAAGUCUUUUCAAGGCAGGAACAUGGGUCGUUUCUUUAACUCCCAUUUCUUUUGAACAAUAUUUACACAGAGAAUGUCACGUUUGUACAAUGUAAGUUAUGUGCGGAUGAGCCGUUGUCAAUUUAUUCUUAGUUAUAUCCUUGAUAGAGAACGUGGGAUUAAAAAGUACGAAAAGUUUUGGAUUUACGAGCAAAAUUAUUUUAUUGGACAAUUUGAUUGAA